UAAGAAUUACACCUUGCGGCUCCAGUGACACGGUCAGAGUGAACUGCGCACGCGCCAAGGAGUCACUCGUGUGUCAUGGCGGCGCCCGGCGGAGCCGAAAGCUCCUUUCUGACCCCAGGCAUGGGGAGCAACGUUACUCCGCCCGGGCCCGGGGACGGCACGUUACACUACAGCCUCAUCAUGCAGCACCUGGUGGGGGACAAGAGGAGACCGGUGGAGCUGAUCCCGGGAGGCCUCGGCGGAAUCCCCACCCCUAUUAAACCAGAAGAACAGAAAAUAAUGGAAAGGGUCAUGGAGAGCUGCGGCUUCAAGGCGGCCCUGGCUUGUGUGGGGGGGUUUGUGCUGGGAGGAGCAUUUGGUGUAUUCACAGCCGGCAUUGAUACCAACGUUGGGUUUGAUCCCAAGGACCCGUUGCGCACGCCGACUGCUAAAGAGGUGCUGAGAGAUAUGGGCCAGCGAGGAAUGUCUUAUGCCAAGAACUUUGCCAUUGUGGGUGCCAUGUUCUCCUGCACCGAGUGCCUGGUGGAAUCAUAUCGAGGAAAAUCCGACUGGAAAAACAGCGUGAUGAGUGGGUGUAUCACUGGCGGAGCUAUUGGCUUCCGAGCCGGUCUGAAAGCGGGAGUACUUGGCUGCGGAGGUUUUGCUGCAUUCUCUGCCGUCAUAGAUUAUUAUCUGCGAUAACCGCAGCCGACCACUAGAUGGCACCACUCCUCCAUUCCUGAUCGAACUCACUGAAGCCGUUUCCGCAGUUCCAAGAAACAACGGACGUGGAAAUCAGUCUUGUUUGAUCAAGUGUCGGUUUUGAGUUAACAUCUCCAUUUUACAGGUCUCCAUUUCUGCAAUGUCUGUCCAGUUCCAAGCGAAGACCUAGAUGGGCUGAGAACUCAAGUUGGACUGGACAGACAGAUCAGAAAUGGAGACCUGUAAAAUGGGGAUGUGAAGACAAAAGACAGUUGGGGACUAUCCAUCUCGCCGCCCUUUAACUAAAGGAUCACAAGUCUGACGUCACUGAUAUAAAGUGUCACUGUGACCAUCUCUGCCUAGUGAAUAGAAUAUCCCGAGAGGCCAUUGUCUCCAUUGUUAAUAUUCGAUAUGUUGGUGAAUAUGGGCUACUUUAUUGUUUCUCUCCACAUUCUGCCCAGACGGGGAGAUUAGUCGCCCAGCAACAAAUCUUCUCUACUGAGGGCGACUAAUCUCCCCAAAAUGCCAUUCUGCUGGCGAUUCACAUUCUUUCCGGCGGGGUGGCAUACUAAUCGAUUAGUUUUCCGAAGUUGCCUCAUGAGGAAUCCAGGCGACUUCGGAAUUCUGAAUCGAUAUGUAUUCCAUCCCACCGGUGAUUCACAUUCUUACCAGCAGGAAAGCAUUUUGGGGAGAUUAGUUGCUCGCAGUAGUGCAGAUUUGUCGCUAGGCAACCAAUCUCCCCUUCUGCCACCACCCUUAUUGGUCCCGGGCAACUCCUUCUUUGGACCCAAUGAAGACGGUCUAAUUGCCAACAAAAAUGUUUAUAAUGAAGCCCAGAUAUGUCUCAUCUGUUAAACCUGUAGUAACUUUAUCGUCAAGAGAUAUUUAUUAUCUUACCAAGUCUUGUAUUCUGAAAAUUAUAAAUUACUUUUUUUUUUUUCUUUGGUAAGUUGAUGGUUUAUUUUAAGAUAAUUUGUUUGGUAACCCUUCUGCCGUGCAGUUCCUUGCAGGUUCUUUAGAGGUUCACUUAAGAUUAGGGAUGCACAGAAUCCACUAUUUGGCUGAACCCCCCCGAAUUCUUUGCAUAUGCAAAUUAGGGGUGGGAAGGGGAAAACUUUUUUACUUCCUUGUUUUGUGAUAAAAAGUCACUUGAUUUCAAUCCCCACCCAUAAUUUGCAUAUGUAAAUAAGGAUUCAGUUCGGCCAGGCAGAAAGAUUCGGCUGAUGCUGCUGAAAAAGGCCGAAUCUCGAACCGAAUCCUGGAUUCAGAGCAUCCCUACUUUAGAGUCUGUAAGGUUGGGACCAUCAUUGAUGGAAAUAGGGAACAUGGAAUUGACUCGCACAAAUCACAUGAUUGUAUAAAUACAGAGUUGUGUAGCAGAUCUCAGUGGUAUCUGUAGAGCCACAUUAUAUAUUACACAUAACCCAGGGUUCAGGGCAGAACACGUAUAUUCCAGUAACGGUGGGACACACAACUCUAGUACAGGGCAUUGCACAUAAACAAGAGAACAGCAACGCUUUACUGCACUCGCUGCGAGAAAGGAACAAGUCCUGCAGUUGUAGGCGGAACUUUAUUUUUU